AGCAGAAGCAACAAGGAACUAGCUCAUGGUUGUCUUCUAAAAAGCUUCCAUCUUUUCGACUCCAAGAAGCUCAAAAACUCACUGAAUUUUCAAACCCCAACAGAAAACCAAUUCAUGGGUUGCUGUGAAUCCAAAGUUUCAGAGAACCAACAACCAGAGAAAAUCCAAACCCAGCAUCUAGCUCACAACAGCCGGACCACGACCCACCACACGAAUCCCACCUCCGAAUCCGACCUGGAAACCGGCGGAGCCCCACCCUUCUCCGAAUUCUCCUUCACCGACCUCAAAGCCGCCACCAACAACUUCAGCUCUGACUACAUAGUAUCGGAGAGCGGCGAGAAGGCCCCUAAUCUUGUUUACCAGGGCCGGCUGCAGAACCGCUGUUGGAUCGCCGUCAAGAAGUUCACCAAGAUGGCGUGGCCUGAUCCCAAGCAGUUUGCGGAGGAAGCUUAGGGUGUGGAGAAGCUACGGCAUCGGCGGCUUGCGAAUUUGAUACGCCCAAAAUUUUUUUGGAUAAGUUUUAUUUUUUAUUUAUUUUUUAUUUUUAAUCUACUUUUUAAUAUCUAUGUGGCGUGAAGUCAUUAUCCACG